AUGUCGCAAUCUCGACCUCUUCCACCUGAUGGCACUCCAAAGCUAGUAAAACAAACCGACAUUUCUCCCUCACCCUCCACCGUCCGCGACAUCACGGAAGUCAUCCAUCACAAGCCCGUUGGAGACGCAUCGGAACAAGCCCACUCUCUUAUUUACCAGACCGACAGCGACCAUAAGAGCGACUUCUACGUCGAAGCGCGUAACGUCACUUCUCAGGAAAGGCCAGGACGAUGGCACAUUCACAGCUGGAUUUCCGAAAUCGUGGCCAUCAUAGCGUCUGCAGCAAGCGCCAUUGCGAUACCGGUCAUCCUCGGCAUAUACCAUCACAGUCCUGUUCCGAAAUUCCCUUGGGAUCUGUCUAUCAAUGCGAUCGUCUCAGUUAUUUCUACCAUAGCAAAGUCCAGCUUGCUUUAUGCCAUGUCCGCGGCUUUGGGGCAUGACAAAUGGGACUAG